AUGAGUGCCGAUACCAGUUCGGCGCCCUUCUCGCGGGCCGUGGUGCGGGCUAUGCAAAAGCUCUAUCCAAAGGCACUUGCAGACAACUCUUGGGACAACACUGGACUGCUGCUAGAAGCGCCAUUCGAUUCCUCGCGACGACAGACCAACACGGUGCUCCUCGCGAUUGACCUUACCCAAGCCGUCGCCGACGAAGCCAUCGCCGUCAAGUCCUCCAUCGUGGUCGCAUACCACCCCAUCAUCUUCCGCGGCCUCAAGUCGCUCACCCUCGAAAACUCGCAGCAGAAAACCCUCCUCCGCCUCGCCAGCCAUGGCAUCAGCGUCUACAGCCCACACACCGCCGUCGACGCCGCGCCAGGAGGGCUGGGAGACUGGCUCGCCGACAUCGUAACCGGCACAAAGACAAGCUACGAUGCCUCACCCUCGGCAGCAGUCACGCCCGCACUGCAGAGCGAAGGCGACCAGGAUCCCUUCGUGCAGCCAAAGGGCGAAGCCACCCUCUCCGUCCAGCGCCCAACCUUCCAGCUCCAACACCACCCCAGCCAAACCACCCUCCGCCUCUCCAAAGACCCGCCCAAGACGACCUUGAUCCCGCACACCCGCCGCCCCAUCGUCCCCCAGUCGCCAGAGAUCAAGACCCACCCCGGUGCGGGCAUGGGCCGUGUCGUCGAGUUCAAAGAAGCACAAGCACUGCCCGCCCUCCUUGAUCGGAUAGGCAAGGGUCUGAACAACCCAAAAGGCUUCCCGAUCGCGAUUCCUCAGAACGCACAAAUCGGCGAUAUCGAGAUCCGCAGUGUGGGCAUCUGCGCCGGCUCGGGCGGCUCUCUGCUCGGGAACCUCGAUGUUGAUCUGCUAUUCACGGGAGAGAUGAGCCACCACGAGGCGCUUGCGGCUAUUGAGAAGGGCCAGGUGGUGAUCAGUCUGUUCCACAGUAACAGUGAGCGGGGGUUCCUGGCUGAGGUGCUGAGGGAGCAGCUGGAAGAUACAAUUGAAGGGGAGUGGCAGACAAUCAGGGAUGAGGAGAAAGGCGACGAGACGCUGAAGGAUGCGCUGGCUGAUGACGAGUUCGAGGUUGCGGUCAGUGAGAUGGACCGUGACCCUUACGGAAUAAUGGUUUUCAAGCCCCAAGUCGAGGAAUAG